AUGUCAAAUAGAUCAGGAACACCUCCGAAGAGGCGAAUCUCAGAAGCGGCAUCUUCACCCCCACCUAAAACUUCAAAAAUGUCAGCUUCCGCACCCAUUUUCAAUCCGUCAAGACCCAUCAUAACGAACCCUUCCACUUCCACUGCCGCCACUCAAGGGAAGUCAUUCCAUGAUGUAGCCAGUGCUAUGUUGAAGAAACCCUCAAGUGGAGAAGAGGCUGAAGACGUAGCCGGAAAUGUACCGUUAGGAGAAACUAGCAGCAGAGUAACAAAACCUUUACCCUCAAGUGGAAGAAGAGGUGCUCCUUCAUCGACAACUCAACAAAGAGCAGAUUUCGUUCCUAAACAGGCUACUGUUCCCAAGACCAGUUCAGAUAAAGAAAACACUAGAAGAUUGAUUGUCGUUCUUUCUCAAGCAUGUUUAGAGGCUUAUCGAGUGUCAUCAGGUUCAGGGGGUAAAAGUUCUUCAGGAAAGGAGGCUAAAUACGCUUUGUUGAAUUGUGAUGAUCAUCAAGGUAUCUUGGCUAAGACAGGAAGGGAUAUUGCGGAUGCUAGACCUGAUAUCACUCAUCAGUGCCUCUUGACCCUCCUCGAUUCCCCUCUCAAUAAAGCUGGUUUACUUCAAGUAUACAUUCACACAGCUAAAGGUGUUUUAAUCGAAGUUAACCCAAGCGUGAGAAUACCGAGAACCUUCAAACGUUUUUCUGGUUUAAUGGUACAACUUUUGCACAAACUUUCCAUCAGAGGUGUAAAUGGGAGUGAAAAGCUAUUGAGAGUAAUCAAGAACCCAAUCACAGAUCACCUGCCUACAAACACCAUAAAGCUUACUCUCUCCGCUGAUGCUCCUACAAUUCGACUAUCACAAUUCCUACCCACUUUACCUGAAACUCAUUCAGUGUGUGUAUUCGUAGGUGCCAUGGCUAGAGGAGCGGAUAAUUUCGCGGAUCAAUUCGUGGAUCAGAAGAUCUCAAUCAGUGAUUACUCCUUAUCUGCUUCCGUUGCAUGUGGUAAAUUCUGCUGUGCAAUGGAGGAAAUGUGGGAUAUCAUUUAA